CAUUACUUGGAGCUAAGGAAGGUUUAUAUGUUAUAGACUUACUUGAUCUUUCAAUGAAAAGUGUUAAGUAUAAACUUGAGAAUUUUCAUCAUGUUUACCAGAUUUCAGUCGUAAAUCAGCUUAAUCUGAUUAUUGUUAUAUCAGGGGAAGAAAGAGAAUUAUGGAUGUUCGAUUUGAAAGAAUUAGAAGAGAAAAUGGAGAAUGGCAGAUUUGAUGAACCUCUGAAACAAAGACCUGUAUUAAAUUUAACUGGUUGUCAUUUAUUUUCAACUUCAGAGGAUUUUGUUUGUGCAGCAACUGAAAAAACAGUAUAUCUAAUGAAAUGGAAUUAUCAAAUGGAAUUUUUUCAGAAAUUAGAAGUACUUUGUAUUACUAUUAUAAUUAGUAAUAGUAAUUAUAGAAAUCAAAUUAGAUUGUAUAAUAAAUGUUUUGAUUUUGAUGAGAUAUGAUACAUGCUUUCAUGA